CAAAUAAUAAUAAACAUAAUAUUUUCAAUUGUAAUUCGUUGAUGAUGAUGAUGAAUGGCCAAACGGAUUAUCAUCAUCAUCAUCAUCAUCUAUUAGAUCCGGUGAUAAAACCAAAUUAUGGUUCAUAUGAUGGAAGUCAAAGUGAAUCUUCAUCAUCAUCAUCGUCGUCAUCGACUACAUCGGAAUCAUCACCGAUAUUCAAUGAUGGUAAUGGGAAAAAUGGUGGAUCAUCAUUUUAUCAAUCAUCAAAUCAUGAUUAUAAUUCAAAUUCAUUAUCAUUCACUCAACAACAACAACAAUCAUUGAUUACAAAUUUUCCUGUGAUAAAUAAUAAAACUGAUAAUAAUAAUGAUGAUGAUCAAUUGAAUAUGAAAACAACAUCGAAUGUUGAUAUAAUAGAUCGAUCGUUUCGUUCAUCACCAUCGAUAGGUCACAAUGGUCAUUAUUAUGGUCAACAACAGUCAAGUUUAUUAUCAUCAUCAUCAUCACCGUUUGAUUAUGGUAAAGGUCAUUAUUAUUCUAGUUCGAAACGAUUAUUAUCAUCAUCAUCAUCAUCUAAUGGACAACAACAACAACAAAAUUAUUAUUCAGAUAUAUUUAACGAUACAGAUGAAGAUGAUGCAUUUGUUCUAAUGGAAUAUAAUAUCGAUUGGAAUAGUAAUUUUUUACAAUCAAACAACAACAACAACAAUAAUAAUGAUAUUUAUCGUUCGGAAAGUUUAUUCAAUAAUCAAAAUACUGAUGAUGAUUUGGAACGAUUAAAAUAUCGAUUUGGAAUCGAACAUCAACAACAGCGAAUGUUUGAAUCAUCAACAACAACAUCAAAUGUUACAUUUGAUGAUAUUGAAAAACUAUCGAUACGUAUUGCUGAACAUGCAUUAGAAAUUAAUGGAUAAAUUGAUUGAAUGAAGAAUUGUGAUAUGAUAAUAGAGAAAAAGAAUUCUUAGCAUAAAAAUGAAUUAUGUUUUCUUUGAUUUUUUUGAAUUCCAAAUUUUUUUGUU